ACUACGCAUGGGUGAGUUUCCGUUAGCUGCGGGCAGAAGAUGGUCAGUGCAGGCCGUGGCCACGGAGUGUGUUGUGUGGAAGGAAAAGUCGCUUAAAGUACGGAGGAAGAGAGACUGAGAGAGAGAGAGAUAGAGAGAGACGGGAAAUAAUGCCUCAGAUGUUGUAGGGGUUUUUACUGAAAUGGCCAUUAGGGAGCUGAAAGUGUGUCUUCUGGGGGACACAGGAGUGGGGAAAUCAAGUAUCGUUUGCAGAUUUGUCCAGGAUCAUUUCGAUCACAACAUAAGCCCAACUAUUGGCGCAUCGUUUUUAACCAAGACUGUCCCCUGCGGCAAUGAGCUUCACAAGUUCCUGAUCUGGGACACAGCAGGGCAGGAGAGGUUUCACUCUCUGGCCCCGAUGUACUACAGAGGGUCUGCUGCUGCUGUCAUUGUGUAUGACAUCACCAAACAGGACUCCUUUCAGACCUUGAAAAAGUGGGUGAAGGAGCUAAAGGAGCAUGGCCCAGAGGAUAUUGUGGUGGCAAUUGCAGGAAAUAAGAAUGACCUGGGUGAUAUACGGGAAGUUCCCACAAAAGACGCCAAGGAAUUUGCUGAGUCAAUCGCAGCCAUAUUCAUUGAAACCAGUGCUAGGAAUGCUGUCAAUGUUGAGGAACUCUUUCAAAGUAUAAGUCGGCAGAUCCCCCCUCUGGAGAACACGGACGUGGACAGCAAUGAAUCAUUCAAAAUCACACGCCAGCCGCUUCCAUCAUCUAGACGCUGCUGUUAGAGGAGUGAGAACUUUGGCUUCCUCAUAGCUGGAUAUUUAAUUUAGCUUUAUAACCACCAUAACCUAUAACCUUAAAGCUAGCCUGACUUUAGUGCUGAAGUACGAAAGAGUAUAGAUUCAGCAGUUUUAAGCAUAUAGUAGUUUAUAACGAGUUUACAAAAGGACACAAAGCAAGAUUCAACAUUUCCAGUGUUUAGUGCGAGGCAAUGGAGCAGGGUUAGCUGGCUAACUCUGUAAGAUUCACUUCAUCAGGUGUAGAGCCAUAGAGCUUAUAGCAUUGGUGUCAGAAUCCAGUGCUGUAACUCUAUAGUCCCGAACACGACCGUGAAGACACACCGUAAAGCCCGAUCGUGCUGUUUUAAAGUCUUCGUUUAAUGCUGAGCCAGUAUCAGCUCACCAUGUUUUAAAAAAACGCUCAGACUGUUUACAUGUACCUUUUAUAAUCAGGUACUUUACCAACUGACCGCUAUAAUAUCCACAAUAUGUAGAAUAUAAUCACAGCAUAUCUUGUCAAUUUAAAGGCAGAUUCCACAUCAGAGCAAAAUGCAUCUAUUUGAUUUAGUUUGUUUUCACACUGCACAAAAUUAAAAGCCUUUAAGAUCGAAAAGUUCUGCACAAAGAACUCCCGCAAAUCAGAGAGGGCGAUAAUCGAGGAUCGAUAAAUGAUUCGAUAAUUAUAUUAAUAACUAAACUAUUUGUUUAGUUCAUCUCUCAUUCAAAUACCUUUUUCACACUGCAGGAGCAAAGACGCUGCCCAAGUGAAAGCGCCAUAAGAGGUGAAAUUUAAUAAGAAACCAAGUUAACUAAUUAAAUAUGAACCACAUAGGAAGUAACCACUGCUCCGUGCUCAGUCACAGGUAGACGGUUAAGGAUAUAAAAGAGUCCCGGCAUCUAAUGAGUUUUAAAAAAGCCGCACGUUAUAUCUGAGAUUUACAAUUUUAUUAUUCCUCUCUGAAUCCAGUCUAAGCACUAAUGUCAUUUUAACAGGAGACAUUCCAAGGUGAAUGAUGACCGAUUGUGACCGAUCUCUCCUCAUUCUUCAUUGUCUUUGGCCCGUUUAACGUCAUAUCGAGCUUGAACACAUGGCCAAAUGUCAGCAGAAUACAUUUAUAGGGAAUGUACAGUUUGUCAGAAGCGAGUGUGGUGUUCAGGUGUGAUUUUUAAAUAGUUCAUGCAAUUUGUCACCAAUUUAUCAUUUUGUCGCCAAUAACUUGUACAGAAUGCUCAAUUAUCCAAAAUACUUGGAACGAUUACUAAUCCAUGAAGUGUCUUAAAAGCGUGAUACUGUGAGAGAUGAAGAUGCUAACAACUUGUAGUAAUUAGCACUGUCUGUUGAAUGUGCAUGCCAUCCAAGUGCCUUAAGUAUUUAGCUGUAAAAGUCGAUAUUGUUUAAUAUGUUGGUUUUAGCAAUCAGACAUUGAUGUAUUUAUCAUGUACUCUAGGAACUGAAACUGUAAACUAAUCAUUGUCCGUAAUGGCCCUAAAAUUGUCUUUUAUAUUACGUUACAUGUUAUGUAGUGUUACAGUCAAGUGCAGAUGUUUGCACCCUCACGUUUUUUUGUUUUUUUUUUUUGCAUAAGGGAAAAGUGUAUGUUAAAAUCACCUGCAAAAUAAAUUCGGGCAGAUGCCACCUCACAGCUGUUCAAUCCUCGUUCCCAUGCUCUCCUCCAUGUCCGGCUUCUCUAGGUUUCCUCCAUGCCAGCAGGUGGAUUGGAGAUGCUAAACUGCCACCAAGUGUGAGUGUAACUGCUGUUGCACUGCUAACCCAUCCAUGCAGUGGUGCUAAUAUUGAUUUAUUCCAAAUCUUUUGAUUCAGUUUACCAAAAAGAUUCAUUCAGUAAUCAGUACAUAAUUUUUGGAUUUCUGAAUCUCCAGUAUUAUGUUAUGUGACAUCCUCCAGAUUCACAGUAACCCUGACCAGAAUAAAGCACUUAGUGACGACGAAUGAAUGACUAAAAAUAAUUUCGAGAAAUAAUUAAAUGUCUGUGUCUUCUAAACAUAAUUCAGAAAAAUAAUUGAUCAUGUCAAGGUUUUGCCAAGAUCCAGUCAGACUCCCGAGGUGGUAUAAAGAAAAAGUCAUGUUUAAUAAUUGAGUUAAAACAUCAUAAAAAAAACACUCAUCAUGCAGUUAGACAGUUGCUUAUAAAACAUUUUGUCCCAAGUGGGUGUAAACAUUUGCAUGUGGCUAUAAAUGUGGUUAUUAUUUUGAUAAUUAAAGCCAGAAACACCGUUUCUAGUUAAAGACUGUGAUGAGUGAACAUCCACCAGGGGGCAGUGUGAGUUUAAAUCCUAAAACAAUGCUGGGUCUCUCUCUUUAGAUGUGAAGUCUUGUUCCCCCCAGUGCCUUUAUUGUGUCCCUGAUUCGUGUUGUUGUUGCUUCGUCAUAAGAAACGUGCAUUAAUAUUUCCAGCUUGCAGAUUCAGUGAAUCAUGAGGAGAUCAGAGUCUCAAACUGAAGUCACUUUCAGUCGAAACAGCAGGUUCGUGUUACUAAGCCACGUCACAGGUCUCGUAAUUGUGUUAACCACUAAGAGUGGGAAAAUUAGAUCUGAAAUAGUUACAGCGUUAAGGAUGGCGUGUGUCAGGAUUUAAUAAAACAGGGUUUACUUCUACAGAACAAACCCAGAGGAAAACCUUUUAACACAUAAAUCCUAAUUCUGUCUGUUAUUUGAUAUCAGUCUUCUCCAUCUCUUAUCUGCUACAACAGAACGACUAAGGCAAAAAAAAAUGUCUUUGCUUGAUGUAUGCCUAAGCAUUAAUUACCAUACUGCCUAUACUAGUGAUGAGCAACAAUGCCCUUAUUAUUUACAUAAAUUAUUUACAUCUGAAUGCUGAUCAGAUUUUGUAAUAUGCAGUUUGUUAAUAAAUAUGCACAGUAACUUGUAA